AUGAGAGACAGUAUGGCGAGAAAAAACGAUCUCCGCACAGGCUGGAUCCAGAGGGGAGACGAAACGGGGAUAUACACCCACAAAGAACUUUCCGACGCUAUGAUGAUGGCGAUAGGCCCCGGCCGCAGACCUGAGAGAAACUGGAGGGACGACAGGGCGCCUUCAUACACGCCCCGCACUCGCGAUGUAGCUGACGAAGGUGUCACUGAAGCUCGAUCCUCCCAAAGGGGUGAUGAUGCCACAUCAUACAGUCCGCGAGCUCGGGAUGAAAACGAUCGUUCUUUCGAACCGCGAUUCUCUCAAAGACCGGAUUCGAAGGGCGCCAGAAGAGAACGCCAUGGCCGAGAGUCUUCUGAUCCCGAUUCCGCGACGAGAAGUAGCACGGAGACACAAAAACCUUCCGUCCGAGGACCAGAGUCACUCCCUUACACGACUGCCGCUUCAGAGUUCGUAUACGGGUAUGGGAGCGUGGUAGCUGCGAUCAAGGCGAACCGGCGUAAAUUCUACAACCUCUAUGUACACUCACGAGGUGCGAGUAGAGAAGGCCUCAUAUCUCGGAUCAGAUCGCACAAGCUAUUCCCAAUCACACAAGAAGUUGGAGAUGAGUAUAUGCGCGCUCUGGACAAAGCAAGUAGUGGUCGACCACACAACGGGGUGAUUCUCGAGGCAUCACCUCUGCCCGUCCCUCCCAUUACCGAGCUGAAGACGGCUUCUCUUGAGGAUGAGAGCUUCAGGGUCACACUUGAUAGCCAAAGCGCUGAAGACGUGCUCGUCAACGGCAAGCAAGAGCCGUACUCGUACAAGUCGGGAGGGUGGAGACACCCACUGAUCCUCUACGUGGACGGAGUAGUCGAUGAAGGCAAUCUUGGGGCUAUUGCACGCUCAGCCUAUGUCCUGGGUGCGGACGCCAUCAUCACGCCGACCCACCAUACCGCAAACUGGAGCCACAUCGCGGUCAAGGCCUCGGCCGGUGCCGCUGAAGCCAUUCCGCUGUUCAAGGUCGGAGACCCAACCGACUUCCUAAAAAAGAGCGCGGGUGCAGGGUGGUGCAUCUACGCGAGCGACGCCAUUCCGCCUGCGCCCCCAAGUCUCUCUUCAACCGAAGACGCACCCGAGCCUGGAUCCAACAAAGUAGUUUACACUAUUUCGCAGGGCAGGAAACGUCUUCCCGCCGACCACAGCCCAGUUGCCGAGCACCCCACAAUCCUCAUGAUGGGUGCUGAGGGCACUGGAUUGAAGACCAGUCUGGUCAACCUGGCGAGAUACAAGGUCGGAAUCCCCCAUGGCCGCGAGGCCAACGAGGUCGGAGUCGACAGUUUGAAUGUCAGCGUUGCGGCGUCGAUACUCUGCUACGAGAUGCUGCAGAAGCCGAGGACACAGCCUGAGCGCAACCCCGAGAACGUUGUCUUCUAG